UUCUUGCCUUCAAGAUGAAGAAAGAUGAGUGGUUCUAGAAAAUAACAAGAAAGAGACGACGUUAAGAGCUGAAGAAUCGAGCAGCAAGAUUUUUUUUUUUCCUUGUUGACAUAAAUAGGCAGUAAUGUCGAAGCUGGUUUGCCAUCUGCUUCUCCUUUGUUUACUUCCAGCUGUGGUUCCCCUCUUCUGUUAUACCUGUGUGUUCCCGGCCAUCUCACCUCUGGACUGUAUCAGAUACCCUAUGAAGUGUCCACCCGGGCAGGUCUGUCUGUCCAGCAGAGCUGUGGGCGAGAAAGGAGACUUCCGUGUGGUGUUGUAUGAGAAGAGCUGCAUCCUGCCCUCCCUGUGUGGAGUCACGGGUGAAAAAUACACCAUGGGACUCAACUUCACCUUCACCAAUGAAUGCUGCAACACACACCUGUGCAAUGGAGCUGCAAAACCUGCUACCCCCUACUGGACUGGCACACUACUCACACUACUUAUUUCGUACUCUGUUUGGUGAAACAUAUUAAAGCAAUUUGGAAGAGAAAUAAUUUGACCCAUAUGAAGCGGAGUUGCCUUUUCUGUCCUCUAGUGGACUGACAUUUUAUUCAACUUCCUUUUAGUAACUGCACUAAUCUGUGCUUUGUUUUACCUCGAGUGUGAGAUGGAAAAAUUAUAUUUUUCUCUAAUUAUUGCUAACUUGCAGAGCUUGCUUUUUGGAGGAGGCAUUGGGGAUGAUUGUUUAGUUUAUGUUUCCAUGAUUUAUACAAAGUUUGAUCAAAUAAACUACCUCCAUUAAUUUAUCAGUGAAAUUUGUCUGAGGGCUUUAGAGAGAAGAAACAAACUCUAGCAGCAGUUUCUAAUGACAUCAAAGCCUAUUUUUAGCUGUAUACAUGCAAUCAAAGUUGAAACAGUAUCACGUAAGACUGUGUGGAGGAUAAUGUGUUCUUGAGACCCUCCUCGUGGCUGGAGUGAGGACCUCCAAGCCCAACCUGAUAUAACCUCUAUAUUACAUGCAGAGCUUCAAGGUGGGGGAGCAGGUACAAGAAAUAUGUGAACUAAAUCCUGAAUUAAGGAGGGCUACUUUGUGUACUUGACAAACAUCCAUGUUUAAUUGAUAUUUUUAAUAUAAUAGCAAAGUGGUGGGUACUUUUACUACUUCAUUUUCUUAUAUAGGGUUUAAUCAAUUAGAUUUAAUUGAUAGACCUAAACACACAACUCGGCAAAGUCGGCAAAGGCUUAGACUACCAUCUGGGACACAAUGAACACAAAAUGCAGAAGGGCACCAUGGGGAAGCAGGGUUUCAACUCAUCACAAUAUAGUUUCAAUAUAUUUUAUCAUUAUAUACUUUAAUUAAGAAAAAACAAGAUCAGUAAUGUAUUUAAAUGUUCUGACACAAUUUGUACACUUCCUUGCAAGUCUAACGAACAGAAAAUGUAACAUUAAGAUUGAGAUUAAAGAACAUGCUCUGUGGACUACUUGCAGGCUACCAGGUACCCUUGGAGACCCCUGCAAAGACCUUAUAUUAAAUAUCACUUAUCACAUAGGCUACAUACAGAACCAGGGAGAUGGAAUUGUACACCACUUUAACAAUGCUUGUUCUCCCUGGCCUACAGAAUAAAAGACACAUACUGUUGUGUCCUCAAACUCGUGAUCUGUGUAAAAUUUGAGCAUAACUCAAAUGAAGUUCAUCAUUUAGUUAGUUCAUUAUGUACAGGCACAGACAAGAGUCUUAUUAUGAUGCAUACUUGCCUGAAAAUGUUGCAACAUUACCAUGCUGUUUAUUAGUAAUGUUAUUAAUGUGUUUACAGAAUUGUAGAAGAAAUAUUGUUUGGUCUAAAGUUUUUAUUUGAGCAUGUAAACAUUUUUUUGUGUGUGUUUCAUUGUAAUGUUUAUGUCAAAAGUGAACUAACUAACUAACUAAAGCCAGGAACUGUUUUUAAAUAAUCAAAUAAACCACAAUAAAUAACUGAA